CAGACAGCGAAGAUAUGAACAUGGUGUGGGGCACACGCCAGAAAUGACUACUUACGUGGGGGAAAACCCAUUUUUUUACAUGGAUUAAUGGUCAACACAUCACAAACCAGAGCGUAAUUCUUACGGAACGGCAGCCACGGCGAAAUAGAAUAUAGAAAUCUCACAUUCAAACACAUGAAAAGGAGCAGAGCAGCAGAAGAAAAUCAAAAUCAGACUGUCAUGGCGUGUGAUAGCUUGUCUUGACCAGCAUUGGAAGAAAGCAUCAAUUUUUUUCUAUACCCAUGCCAGCAAUAUAAUACUACAGCACCCCGAGGUCUGGUCUUCUUAUUCAGAGGCAGUUUUGAAAGGCGUGCUCUGUUUCUCCAAGAAGUUCGAGGUCAGUGGAUCGAGUCCCUUUCAGUCUGUUUUGGGUUCGUUUCUUUGCUGAAUGGGAAGUAAAGAGGUGGACAUUGAAGCCAUGGUGAGGAGAGAAGGAGGAGGUGGGGGGGACGAAAGGAUUUUGUCCAUUGUGUUGUCUACUUCAGAGCUUGCGAAGCUGGACCUCUCAAACAUUCAGCUGUUUCAGGCCAAUGAGGCUGAGAGCAAUGGCCAUAACGAGGGCAUUUACUUGAAUUCCGGGUCAGGUCCUUUCCCCAUUUUAGCUGGACCUGCAGGUCUGCCAGACCCAGUUGUUUUCAAGAGCAGAGCUGUAAUGGAGGCAGAGAACACUCGGGUCUCCGACUAUUCCGGGUCUCCGCCGGGUUGCAGACCUCGGCGGCCGCCUCCAAUGGCGGGCAUUAGCAGAAACAAGAACCAGACGGCCGUGCCCUUGCCUGAACCGCCGCAGGUCUCCAAGCCCCGAAUUGACCUAAAAUCCUCCCCUGCAUCAAAAUUUCUAGCUCAGAUUAUGCCAUGGGAGCUUCAGCCUUCACCCAUAACGCCCUUCACACCCGCUGCUGUUCCUUUCGAAUGGGAGGAAGCUCCUGGCCGGCCAAAGCCUUGGGCACCUGACAGACGAUCUCCUCGCCCUCUUCUUCACCUUCCUCCCCGCCUUCUUCCCCGAAAGGGCUUAAAUGGCGUUGCAGUUGAAUGCCCUAGCUCGGAACUGGGCACCCACCAUCGGCGGCCCGGGAGCUCUGGAUCAGCAGAUGAGAAACGGGUCAUAUCGAUCGGACCUGGGGACCCGCCGCCUGUUGGCUGUGUGUUGUCCUGUUUGGACUGCGAUCUGCCUUCGCCCCGGAAUUCGAACAGGGCUUCUGCGCUCAUCACCAUGCGGCGGAAGAAUUCUUGUUCCAAGCAGAACAGGAAUAGUUCCAGUAAGAGUAAUAAGCAAAAAGGUUUGAAUCCCGGCGGAGAGUUUCUGAUACAGAAGGAGGACCAUGAGUUGUGGGUGUUUGAGGAGGCUAAGAGUAAAGAGGCCGGAAAUCGUUAUCGGUCUCUGAAUGGAAUGAUUGCCGCUGCCAUGGGCGCUCAAACUGAGGAUCUUGAUUUGUCCCAAAGUGGGAGGGAUCUGUACUCGAAGAAUGUCAAGCCUAGCCCCAUUAUGAACCCCCAAUUUUACUGUCCCAAGAUGCCCCGGAGGACGAAACGGAAAUGGGUUCUCAGAAAACUUCGCCGGCCUGCCCGGUUUUUUAAAUCUUUCUUCAUGUCAGUUUGGAGAUCUGUGUGGCUCAGAAAAUCGAGGCACAACAGUAUUGGAAACUUAAAACACUCCUACCAAUCCCUUAGACGCUAAGACUUGGUAAUGACAAUGGCACGGAAGGAAACACCAUUCUUGUUAACACCAAGCAACAAAAAGGACAAGUUAGAGUCCAUUUUAUGAUCCUGUAUAUGUAAUGGAGGGCUUCAAGAAAUUCUUCUGGAGCAGAAAAACUGCAGCAUGAAAUUUCUCUGUGUUUUCAAAUGAUGCUUUCCUAUGAAGAGUAGAGACGUUUUAGGUUGAUCCAGAGAAAGGACAAAGUUAGAAUCCAUUUGGAAGUGCGCAAAUGCACAGGAAAGUGUGAUUAGGGGUGAAAGAAGUUACAGGGAUGAGAGGGCAAUAUGAAAUGCAUUUGAACAUGAAGCAUUGCAUGGCAUGCAUUUAUAGUGGUGAAUGUAAUAUACAAGUCUUUUGGGUUUCCGGAUAGCAAUGUAUAAAUUCAAUGGUAUUUUCAGUGUUCCUUUGAGUUUCGGAGACCUCAGAGAAAAAUGGAAAAAAAUUCUGAGACUCUGGGAGCCGUAGGGGAGGUUUAUGAAAGCAACAAUAUUUAUAUAUUUAAAAUCAGUUGAUAUAUAUUUUAUUGAAAUAAAAUUGAAUCAGCUUUAAGUUCAA